AUGAUACAAUGAAUAUCAACUAAAUGAUAUAAAGUAUAACAUGACAAUUCAAUUAAUUGAAAAAGUAAUCUACCAAUAAAUAAGUUAUUAGAAAUCCAAAGAUUUAAAAACUAAAUAUUAAAAUUUAAUUUUUUAUAUUAAAGAACAUAUUAAGUAGCGGUGAGUCGUAUGUCCACUUGUUUCAAAAUAAGGCGAAAGCCGUCCACAUGAUACUGCAUGCGCCGUUCCACAGACACCCAAUCCCACACCGCAAAACCGCUACCUUUCUUCCACAUCACGCGAGUUUCACAUUGCCAACAUGGCCUAUACUUCAAUGAUACGUGUCCUUUUUUCAUACAUUAACUAUUUUUUAUAAGACGCCAAACAUGAUGUGGCAUGACACGUGUCACCUUCUACCUCUCCCUUCUUCGCGACUACUAACAUGGCUUCUUCACUCUCUCUGCUCCUCCCCACUCAAUUGCUGGUAUUGACUAAUCAUGGAGGCGAUUAAUGGAUCGAGUUCAGAAAAUGCCGGGGAAGAUCACCGGAUGUUGGAAGCGGCGGAGGCGCUGGCGGCGUUAAGUCAUGUUGGUGAAUCGGUUAGUGAACGAGUCAAGGCCGUAUCAAACGCUGGUAACUCGUGUUUUGACUCAAUAGAAUCGUCCUCGAAGCGUCCCAUCAAUGUCGAUAAGCAAUCGGAGAAGACAUGCAUCUGGGCUGAAAAACCGGUGAACAAUGAAUGGAAUACUGAACUUGCGUCAAAUGUUUCUUAUUCCACAAAAUAUUCAACUUUAGGUGGCAGGAGACAUAGAAGGACUUUGACCGAGGCGGAAAAGGAAGCGCGUAAGAUACGCAGAGUGCUGGCAAACAGAGAGUCAGCUAGACAAACAAUCCGCAGGAGGCAGGCCAUAUAUGAGGAGCUGGCCAGAAAAGCUGGUGAUCUAGCAUGGGAGAACAAAAAUUUGAAAAGGAAAAAGGAGAUGGCUUCAAAAGAGUUGGACAUUUUGAAGGUUACAAACGAAUGCUUAAAAGCAAAGAUGAUCAAGAUAACGAAGAUGUAUGGACAUACUUACUGUUCUUCAUCAACAAAUUCUCCGAUUAUGAUGUGUAAUCAGUCAUCAUUUCCCCCUUUCACAUGGCCUCCAAUGAUUGUACUCCCUUACCCUUGGCUUUUUCCUUUUCUCCAAAAUAAUAAUCAAAACCAUCCCCAUUUUAAUCUAAAUGAAAAACCAGUAGAGUCUUCUUCUUCCCCGGGCAAUCUACUUUCUGAUAGCAAGCAAAUUGUGCAUAAAAAUCAUCAAGUUCCAGGUGUUUGUUCAGUUAAAACAGUAUGUGACAUGGCUGCUGCAGCUGAGGCCAGGAAGAGGAGAAAAAACCUCAAAAUGGAAAAGUCUCUUUUUUGCCGACAACGAAGGAUGCGUUAAGUGAAGUUAACAAACAAUUUGAAUGAAAUACUGAUAGUUCUGUAAAAAGGGUUAUUCUUCCAACAAACUCUUGACAUGUGACAUAAAGCCCAGUGUCGAUCCACAUUGGAAUCGAAACUCCCAGUUUGUGUAUAGACCGUCUGCAAAGAUACUUUUUUG